GCGAUUACUAGGGUCACAAUUCGACAUCUCAGAGUCCACGCAAAGCUCCUCCAAGCGAUCAAGGAUGGACCAUGCAGAGCAAGCGACCGAUUCGCACGGCAAUCAGAAUGAAGGGAAGAAGAACACGAAUCUUGGUCAAAAGCGAUCGCCUCAGGGACGAGAUAAAGGCAGAGGCAACGGUGAUCGAGCGAUAGCAAUAAGCGCUUCCGGCAUCCACAGCGGUGAUCGUGGUAUCUUCGUAACCUGUGACAAGGGUCAAGAGAAGAAGUGCCUGCGAGAAAUCUCCGACAUUCUCAGCGAGUAUAUCGAUUCCACUUCUAAGCCAUCCCAAGAACCAGACUUCGGCAGUUAUGGUGCGGAGAUGGAUAUAGAAGCCGCUAUUCUUGCAGAGCUGGAGUCUUUACGUUCCAUGUCAUCAACUACAGGCACAUCAAAUCCGAAACUGUCUUUCAUCACCCUUGACAUACCAUGCGUAUCGUUCAUCAGAUUCCCUGCGAACUCCAAAGGCGAAACAUCGCUUAAUCCGGUUGAUACUGUGCGAAACGUUUGCGAGGAAGCCUCGAGAAAGGAUUCGACAGGCCCACGAAGCCGCUAUGUUAAAAGAUUGACCCCCGUGAGCAUGAUACGAAAGACUCUGAAUAAUGGGCUUGAAAGCUUGUGUGAUGAAGUGCUCCCACCAGAGUUUCGGGUAGACUCCACCGAUGAAGAGCGCUCUGCCGGCUGCAAGUUCGCCAUCCGGCCAACGAUAAGAAACAACGACAAACUCAACAGAGAUGAUGUGAUACGAAUGGUGGCUGAUAGGAUCGCCGCGCUGGGGGCCGGGAGACAUAGUGUUGACCUGAAAGGCUAUGACAAACUUGUACUCAUCGACGUGUACAGAAACGUCGUCGGUAUGAGUGUUGUUGGAAAUGAGUUUGAAAGGCUCAGACGUUUUAAUCUGGCCGAGCUUCAUGCCACUCAUCUUGGAGAGGUAGACUCGGCAAAAGCAAGCGGAGCCACUCAGGGCUGAAGGAAGUGUGGCUGGCUCAGAUCCGACCCAAAUCCACAAGUCGACAGAAAGCAAAUAUCUUGAUUAGCGUUACGACCACACCGGGGCAUUACUUUUGAAAACAAAGCAUAGUGCAUCCAAAGUCUGCAAGGAGUUGGUGUCAGUGUAGUAUGCGCUAUUUUUGAGAGCCUGUGGGGUUGUGCUUGUCGGAAUGACUUGUGUCUGUGAAGUGGUUAUCCCGACAGCAGAGUUCGUUUGAAUACUCAAGGGUUAUAUGUUUGAAGAGUUGAACAUCCUUCAACAAU